UUUGUAAAAAAACUGAUUGCUCAUCUGUCGUUUAGAAUUUGGUACUCUUUUGUUAAAGUUAUUUAUUGGGAAUUUUACAAUAUUAUCACAUCAAAAAAAUGUCCAUACGUCAUGAUUGGUAUCAAACGGAUGCCAAAGUGGUCAUCAGUGUGAUGCUUAAAAAUGCCAAAGAUAAAAACUACAAAGUUGACUUUGAAAAACAACGAGUCCAUAUGACUGCCGAUGAUUAUGAACUGGAUGUCAAAUUAUUCGCACCCAUUAACGUUGAACGUUCUUCCUACAAAGAUUUUCCGUCCAAAGUGGAAAUCACAUUGGCCAAAGAGGUUGGCAUACGUUGGGAUUCGAUGGAGGAGAAAUUGGAACCUAAGCCCGUAAUGGCGCCACCACCGCCUAUACAUAAAAAGAACUGGGACAGCCUGGCCAAAGAAGUGGAAAAGUCCGAAGAGCAAGAGGCUCAAAGUGAAGAGGCCUUACAGCGUUUGUUUAAGAAAAUCUACAGUUCUUCCACACCAGAAGUACAAAAAGCCAUGAACAAAUCGUUUUCGGAAUCCGGUGGAACGGUGCUGAGUACAAAUUGGACUGAAGUAGGUAAAGACAAGGUGGAUGUGAAACCACCUGAAGGGUGUGAAUUCCGUAAAUGGGAAUAGUUGUCACUUAGAGAAGCCCCACGAGAAAAGCACAGAAUGCUGCAUGAAAGCUUGACCGAAAACUUCAUGUUGAAAUACAUUCUUAUAAAAAAUUAUUACAACUAAUAUAAUUAUUAUUCUUAACUUUAUUCAUGUUUAUUGUUUUAUAAAAACUGAAAUGUAACAUUUUUAUUUAAAAAUAAUUAAAUCCCUACACUAGAGAAUAAUUUAAUAAUAAAAGAAAUCAAAUUACUGUUUGAAAAAUAUAUACAUA